UUAGCUUGAAAAGUAUGAAAAAAAAGUAAAUAGUUCAGCACGUGAAUCUUUUUUAAUUUUUGUGAUCGUUUAUAUUUUAUACGAAGUCUUUUAAUAAAUAAAUGACUUCAAAAAAUGAUUUAGAUAGCGAUUCAACUAGUGGAUCUGAUGAUGAUUACAUAGAGGAACCUUACGUAGAUACAUCUUUAGAAGGAUUAUGUUUAUUCUGUGACCAGAUCGAGAUCAAUGGUGAUAGUUUACUUUUGCAUCUGAAAAAUGUACACUCUGUUGAUUUAAAAGAUAUUUGUUCAACAAAUCUUGUUGAUUCUAUUUUAUACAUUAAACUUAUCAAUUUCAUUCGCUCUUGUAAAGUUGAACCCGCUCAGCUCAAAGAGAUUUUGAGCAAAGAUGAUUGGAAAGAAGACGUUUAUAUGAAACCAGUAAAAGAAAAUGAUCUUUUAUUAACUUUAGAUAUGGCUGAUGAUUCAGAUGAUGAUGCUGAUAUUAAUUGUAGUGAAUUAGUUCAAAAUUUACCAAAAGUUGACGUUCAACAACAAGCAAUGUUCCUUGAAGAAUAUAAAAAAAUGAGAUCUUUGAUCUUUGAUCUGAGUCAAAUUGAUGAACCUAGAUCGUCUCAUCAUGAUUUGGAUAGUGAUAAUUAUUUUUACAGUUACUCACAUCACUCGAUUCAUUGGGAAAUGCUUUCAGAUCGACCUCGAACAGAAGCAUACCGCCAAGCAAUAGACUCUAACACUAAUAAUUUUCUCGGUAGUACAGUUCUUGAUAUCGGAUGUGGAACUGGAAUUUUAUCUUUGUUUGCUUGCAAAUCAGGCGCUGCUAAGGUUGUCGCCGUUGAUCAAAGUGAAAUUAUUUAUUCUGCUAUGGACAUUGCUCGGGAGAAUGGAUAUGAAGACUCUAUUGUUUUUAAAAAAGGAAAACUUGAAGAUUUAGAAUUGAAUGAAAAGUUUGACAUAAUUGUAUCCGAAUGGAUGGGCUAUUUUCUCCUUUUUGAAGGCAUGCUUGACACUGUUAUCAAAGCUCGUGAUAAAUAUCUGAAACCAGGAGGUUUAAUGUUACCAGGAUCUUGUACUCUUUACAUGGCUGCCUUAUCUAAUGAACAAAUUUACAAUGAACGUAUCAAUUUUUGGAAUGAUGUUUAUGGGUUCAAAAUGACUUCCAUGAAGAAAGAUGUCCUCAGUGAAGUUUUGGUGAAGGAUGUAAACAGUGGGUCCGUUAUCAGUGAUGUUUUUGAGAUUAAAACCUUUGACAUAGGAACAUGUACAAUUGAAGAGGCUCAAGUCGUACAAAACUCUUUCCAAUUGAGGAUGACUUCAUCGGGUGCAGUUCAUGGGUUGGUUUUUUGGUUUGACUGUUUUUUCACUGUAGACAAAAAGUCCCCUAUAUCUCUCAGUACAUCACCACAUGCUGAAGCUACACACUGGAAACAAUCUAUUCUAUUACUGAAGGAACCAAUUCAAUUAAACUCUGGUGAAUUAUUGACUGGUGAAAUUAAAAUCAAUCGAAGUUGUGAUGAUUUCCGUUCUUUGCAAAUAUUAUUAACCAUAGAUGGAAAGGGAUCACAAAAGUUCAUCAUGAAUUGAUGAUGACUCGUCAAACUGUUUUCCUAUAAAUUAAAUUUUUGUAUUUUGUUGAAUUGCGAAAUGAGAAGAAUAAUUUUUUAACUUCUUUCAAAGUAUGAAUAAAUUAACAAACGAAACGCAUCACAUUCUGAUCAUUCGUAUUAAAUUAAUCAUAUUAAGAAA